AUGUCUUCUCAUUCAAUAUCACCACCGUCUGAGGGUGAAAUAGUCGAGUCAGACUUAGAGAAGGCAACUACAACAUUUGUUUCAAAGAAAGGCAACAGCGUUGACCGUUCAUUCAGAACACGUGUAUCAGUCUCUCGAUCUCCUUCACCCCUUAGGUCCCCCAGACGUCACAAGUCUCGCACCGAUUCUCGGUCACCCUACAGAGAAGUUCGGGGAGCGAAGCGCUCUGUUGACGAUGACCACUACGAUCGCUCGCGGAACGAUCCCCGUCGUUUCAAGGUCCGCUACGAAGACCAUCCGCAAGGCUCUAGGUCAAACGCGCGCGGACCCUAUCAUGAUUCGAAUGGAUUCAAUGGUCCGGACAGGGGCAUCCGCUACGAAGAACAAGAUGCGGAUGGGCGGCUGCGGGACAAGCGGCCAAUUGUGCGGAGCCGGUCCCCUAUGCAAGGCCGUUCCAGGCGAGAAGAGACUCGUGGGCAUCAUACGGGAGAAAAUUGGGACCGCCAUCGGCGUGAGCAAGUUGACAGAGGGUACAGAGAAAGCCAGAGGAGGCUUUCGAGAGAACAGUCAGUGAGCGAUCGGGGUCACUCCCCAGUUGCUGCUGCAAAAUUUAAACGAGAUGCUGAAACUCGAACCAAUCAGAUACAGCGUAUUGACACUUCUGCUGGGGAACGGAGUGAUUCGGAAGCUGAGUACGUUCCGUCUUCUCUAGGGUCGCAAUUUGCUGAUAGCAAGAAUGAUAGCACGGCGGAGAAAGGGAAAUUCGCGCAACCCACAAGUACGCAGCCAGCUGACGAGGCCAUCUUGAUCGAGGAGCGUCGCAAACGACGUGAGGCUAUCAAGGCUAGGCAUAGAGGUCGAGCAACCCCAUUGUUGGUUCAGGCUUUAGCGUUAGAUACUACCUCUCCACCAUCGACACCAAAGUCAACCGUAAUGCCGGAAGUCAAUCCUGCCCAAGCGUCCACCCAGAAAAGUCCUCGUCCUACCUCCCAAGUCACAUCGGGACAGGAAUCACCUACCGACUUCGUGGUAUUUAAGGAUGCCGACCUUGCUAACAGUAGCGCCGUAGCGAUUGGGCUCACGCCGGAAGAUGAGCCUUCUGCGGCUGAUUACGAUCCCACGAAGGAUAUGCAAGAAGAUAAGAUGCGCCAUGAUGAGCACCAGCGUAAAGACGAAAUGCCUUUUGCGGCUUACAAUGAGACGGCAACGGAAGAUCGAGAUGUUCUGCUACCUGACGCAGAUAUCCAAGAGUCAGUUGAGAAGAAGGCAGACGACGGAUUGGAUAUGUUCGCCGAAGAUGAUGAGCUUGAUAUGUUUGCGGAAAUUCCAGCCGCAUCACGGAAGUCAGAGAAAAUAGCUGCCAAAGCCGUAGCCAUACCUCAAGCCAAAGCACUUGACAUGAGUAUGCUUGAUGACUGGGAUGAUCCAGAAGGCUACUACAAAGUCAUACUUGGCGAGCUUCUCGACGGGCGUUAUCACGUUCAAUCUAAUCUGGGUAAAGGGAUGUUUUCUGGAGUAGUGCGAGCAACAGACCAAACCACCAAGCGUCUUGUAGCUAUCAAGCUUAUCAGAAACAAUGAGACAAUGAAGAAGGCUGGGCUCAAAGAGAUUGAGAUACUCCAGAAGCUUUCGUAUGCGGAUCCAGAGGAUAAGAAGCACAUGAUAAGACUUGAACGCUAUUUUGAACACAAAGGCCACUUGUGCAUGGUCUUUGAGAAUUUAAGUAUUAACCUACGUGAAGUCUUGAAGAAAUUUGGGAGAGACGUGGGCAUAAAUUUGAAAGCCGUCAGAGCGUACUCACAGCAGAUGUUCUUGGGCUUGAGCCUUCUAAGGAAGUGCAACGUCCUUCAUGCGGACCUCAAGCCGGACAAUGUGCUCGUGAGUGGCUGGCCCUUUCAAUAUUGGCUCAAAUGUGCUGAUCCGCUAAAGGUCAACGAGGCACGCAACGUGCUCAAGAUCUGCGAUCUUGGUUCUGCGUCUGAUGCGUCUGAGAAUGAAAUUACCCAAUACCUCGUUAGUCGUUUUUACCGGGCCCCAGAAAUCAGUACGUGCUUGCCUGUUGAUGCCGCUACAGACCGGGACACUGAUGGAAAUUUAUAG